AUGGCAGUGGAGCGGGGGCGACGGCGGCUACUCCUUCAGUCGACUGCAUCUUUUUGUGGCGCUUGGGUACAUUCCGAAUCAACUACAAAUUCCUCUCACUACGCCCAUGCCCAGGAUGCUCAUGGCGUAGCUUACAGUACCAGGCAACAUCUUCUGUUGAUUACAGUGCCAAAAACUCCAGCAGGCCGCAGGACUCCUACGUCGCUGGCGCUUGUCACUGUCGCUGACGACGCCCUGCGUCCGGCUGGCCGCCAAGGAAUCCGCCAACCCGUCCCAAUUUAG